UGAUUCACGAAGCUUGAAAUGGAAACUUUCGUGUUUUUUGAUAAGAAAAAAUGUGUGUUUUGAUAAUUCUCUUAAUUUAAUUUCUUUCGUUGUUGAAAACUGUUGAAAAUUGAGUAAGUUUUGACUGUUUUGAGAUUAUGGAAUUGUUUUAGCCUAAAUUUAUUUGGGUAAUGUUUUAAAGUAAUCUCCGUUGAAACUUGUGCGGUUCAAGUUUCAGUGUCGGUGUAUUUUUUUGGAACUUCUUCAUCAUAAAACUGUCACAAGUGUCACAUAUCCAUAAAUGUCAUAACAAUUACAGCCGGUGAUAUAAUUUGCAAUUUGCUCGCUCAAUAUGUUUUUUACGAGAGUACUAUCAGCGAAGUCAUCCCAUGUUCGCGUAGUCUGUGAAAGCCUGGUCACCGGACACCGUGUUAAUGCGAUUAGAGAACGUAAAGCAGACAAAUUGGAAGUCGUAAUGUUUGAUCCUUAUGUUCGGAAGAAAGUAGUUUACAAAGAGAUCAAAAAACUUACAGGAGUUGAUGUGAAAAAUUUCAAACCUUUGGAUACUUUAGAAUCUUUAGAUGGGUAGUUUCUGUGUUAUUGAAAUAUUAGUUUUACUAUUGUUAAAUAAAGCGUGAUUAAUCACUA